UAUCGUCUGUGUCAUCGUCUCCUGGUCGUCGGCGGCCGUUUAUCAUCACUCCUGGAGCUGGACGGCAACCGACAAUGCCCGGCUGUUGGGUCACGUGAUCGCGACCCGGAAGCCGUCGUCAGUCGUGUCAUGCCUGACCUCGUGCACGCAGAAGACGGGGUGCUGGACCGUCAACCAUCGCGCCGACGAUGGCACGUGCGAGAUGAACAAUGCAGACGACAGGUGGAACGAUGUGAACAUUUCGAGGUCCGGUCCCGAGUUCCGCUAUUACCAGAAGGUCAUCCCGACAGGUCCGCAGGAUGUUACUCUGAAGGAACUCGCAAAUGCAUCCCCUUGCUACGAUGGUCACCUGUACCUGAAUAACACCUGCCUGGAGGUGGUGCCAGAUCCUCCAGUCUUUGUCAACUGGUCCCAGGCGCGCUCCAUCUGUAGCCAGAAAUUCGGCCGCUUGGCCGUUCUUGAUUCUCCUAUUCUAGAGAGCAUUCUGAGCAAACUGCCAAACUUCGGGCUCAAAAAGAACUACUACAUCGAUAUUGUCCGCAGGUCUGAUGGUGUUCUAAUCUGGGGCGCGACAGGAGGAGUCUGCAGUCUACAACGACCUCCAUGGUACAACGGUCAGCCGGACAACUACAAGCUCGGAAGUGCCCCCGAAAACUGUGGAAACAUAGAAGACACAGCCACAAGUUACCGGUACUUGGACGUGCCCUGUAACCUUUCCCGCGGCUACAUCUGUCAGUACGCUCCAUGGGUUCACUAUGUGUGGUGAACGGCAACUGAAAAAGCCUCCAAGCCAGAUUGUCAGCUAAGGGAUGCAGCUUCUCAUGAUGAUCUCAAAAUUUUAAAACUUCAAAAUUUUAAAAUGUGGGUAUGUUUGAAGCUAUAUGUUCGAUCACAGCACAACCUUAUUUCAAAUAUUUCACUUUUUUUGGGGGGGAGGGGUCUUUCAAGGUAAAAUUUGUUUCAGAACAAACCUUUUUGCAACAGCAAACUGACUGGCUUUCCAAAACAUCCCGUGAUUGUAUAUUAAACACUGCACUACAUACAAUUUGGGCAUAUUUUAAAAAAAAAGGUGAUUAUUUCUGUUUGUUUGUUUUGCAUAACCAGUUCCAGCCACUUUAUGAAGUUAUUCUCCAAUUCUCCUUGCACUCAUUCACAUACAGCCCAUACUGUGUACAUUCCUCAUCAAUUUUUUAAGUUCUCACAUGAAUAUUACACAUGAUUUUAAUAUGUAUAAACAUUCAAUCAGCUAUCACCCAUCAGAAUCAAUCACCACUGAACUUCAAUGUCUCAACAAUGUUUUAUUGAUAUUUGCAUAAAUAUGACAUUUUGAUGGACUGGUAGAGGAAGGCAUAUCAUAUUUAACCUGCAUAGAUUAUUUGGUGCAGUAAUGUGUACAAACAAUAGUGUGAAUGCUCUCAAUUUAAAAAAAAAA